AUGUCGGGUAAAACGCCAACAACCCCGGGUCCUAUUCGGGUUGGCCAGAGGGUAAUCUUCGAACGCAACACAGGAACGGUUCGCUGGCGCGGCCUGGCACCUGUGAGACACUGCUGGAUGUUGGAUGAUAAACGUGCUUACCAUGGUGUCAUUGUGGACGAAGAACCUGAAGACGCACCUCCGGAGGACAAGGAAGAGGAGGAAGAAAGUAAAGCGGAAAUGCUAGGCGUUGAGUGGGAUAAUUGGCGCGUAGGAUCGCACAAUGGCACAGUUGAAGGCGUCUUCUACUUCAAUCCGGAGCGCAUGCGUCGUUGCGAGGGGGUGAUGGAGGCGGUACGGCAUGUCUACAGCAAGCACGAGGAGCCGUGGCUACGCGAAAAUGCAGUAAAAUACGCAAUGAAGAUCACGAUUGAUAACUUCGAGAAUCGAUCGUGCUCCUUCGUACGAGAGACCGACGUGCAGCUGGGCGUUACCAUGGAGCAAGCUGUGCAUGACCGGUAUAUCACCGACGACCCAUCGGGUGUAUCGUCCAGUCCGCACGGGAAAGGGCGCAUAGGUCACGAGUUUGUGGGCCGAGAUGAAGCUCUGGAAUUCUUUAGCCACACUGCAAACCUGUUGACGCUCGGGUUGCAGGACUGUCGCAUCGAUCGGCUGGGCGACUGCACCAAGUACUCCUUCCCCAAGGUGCGCGAAGCGCAUCUGCCGAACAAUCUGGUAACGGACUGGGAUGUCGUGAGGGGUCUUCUGGCAAUGCUGCCACGCGUCGACACCGUGGAUCUGUCGGGUAACACGUUGGUUUUUAACGAUGAGAAACCGCUCGAGUCUGCCACUCUGGCCACCCUGGUCCUGAACAACACGAUGCUCAAAUUUGAAACAGUGACCAAGUUGCUGAGUAACGUAAAGGGCCUCAAGGCGCUGUCGCUAUGCCGCAACAUGUAUAUCGAACUGCCGAGCCUAGAGUCGCUGAAAAGUUUACAGUCACUCGACAUCACAGACAACUCUGUAUGGAACUGGUUCUACGUGCUGCGUCUUGUAAAAUCGGCACCCACGCUCAAGAGGCUCAUCAUCACUAAAAACAGGUUGUCCAGCCUGUGCGUCGACCCGAAAACUGGUAAUGCAUUAUCCCUAUACCGAGCAGCCCUACACCUCGCCAAGGAUCACGAUGAACCUCUGAAGGCUUUUGAGGCACUUGAGGAGUUGCAUAUGGAGGAGAAUUACGUGCACGAUUGGAAAGUCGUAUCAGACCUGGCGGUUUUGUUCCCCAACAUCAGAGCGCUGCGUUUCAAGCUGUGCAUGCUCCACAAGGAAUCCACACAGGCGGAGGAAAGCAUCCACCGGCAGGUGCUAAUAUCCAUAUUCCCCGCGCUCAAGGUGCUUAAUGGCACGGAAGUCACGAAGUACGACCGCACAAACGCGGAGCGGUACUACCUCAGCCUCGAGCAUGCCAACAGCACCGCGUUCAAGAGCACAAACACCCACGAGGCUCUGAAAGCAUCGCACAGCUCGCGCCUCGAAAAGGUGCACGGGAAGCGGGAAGCUGCCCCUGCCAAGAAUGGGACGUUCGUGUCUCCGGGGUUGCGCAUGAUAUCCGUCAAGCUCGUGCCUGAUGGAGAUUCCGACAGCUACCUCAAGCCCGCAGUCACCCGAUCCAUUCCGCUUUGCACCACGGUGCUGGAGCUAAAGGUCAUCUGCAGCGAAAUCUAUGGACUCACGCUCUCGGACGUGGUCCUAAUAUACAACAGCGGGGAUAUGCCCAUCAGCGAGCGCAUGGACAACGACGAAGCCGAGAUCCAGUACUACGGCGUCGACGACGGCUACAGCAUAAGAAUCCAGUCGCGCAGGCUCAACGGCUGA